GUUUAAGCAUAUGUGCAUUAUAUCUUGCGUAAUAGGCCUAACUGUUUUGGUUUUUGAGAUACUGGUGACAGCUACUAAUGGUUGGCUGAAUGUAUCGAUUAAAUACGGCAGCCAAACGGACAAAUUUACUAUUGGAGCGUUCGAUCUAACGGGGAUAGACCAGAAAACUUCCCGGAGCUGGAACAUUAACAAAAACAGUGCGAUCACGACUCUGCAAGCUAUGUUGAUUCUAAGCAUCAUCAGUCUUAUUGUUGGAAUUGUUUGCCAAAUAUUAGCUUUAACAAAGCUAAAGCUCGGCCGGCUAGAAACAAAAGGGUUUCUUAUAUUAGUACAUGUAAUGUACAUGCUAUCAGCAAUCUUUCUAAUCAUUGGUCUGUCUGUUUACACGAACUACUGGAACAGUCAUGCGUUGUUCUUCGCCAUUAACAAUAUCCGGUUCUUGGGAACAACGUCUUACAACUAUUCAUUUUAUCUGUGUUGGCUGAUAGCUCUACCGUUUAUGAUAUUUUCCAUAGCAUAUGCUGUGUACGCUACUUUUAUGGUUAAAACUAAAUGAAAAUACGACUAAUACACCUCUGCCGGUCCACGGAAGUCGUUA